AUGGUUCGUUACGUGCCCCGUUUGGCUGAUGGUCAGAAAGUGAAGUUGGCUUGGCCUCUGGCUCUGUUUCGAUUGAAUCAUAUAUUCUGGCCCUUGGAUCCGAGCACGGAAAAAUGGGCUAGAUAUCUAGAUAAAAUCCUGGCUGUUCUGGGGUGCUUAAUCUUUAUGCAGCACAACGAUGCGGAAUUGAGGUAUCUGCGAUGCGAGGCUGGUAAUCGGAAUAUGGACGCUUUCCUGACUGGCAUGCCAACGUACUUAAUACUGGUGGAAGCCCAAUUCAGGAGUCUUCAUAUUCUGCUUCAUUUCGAGGAGCUGCAGAAGUUUCUUCAGGUGUUCUACGCCAAUAUUUAUAUUGAUCCGCGAAAGGAACCGGAAAUGUUUCGAAGGGUUGAUGGAAAAAUGCUGAUAAAUCGAUGUGUUUCCGCCAUGUAUGGAGCAGUUAUCUCCGGCUACCUAAUAUCUCCCGUAUUUUCCCUCAUUAACAAGAGAAAGGAUUUUCUGUACUCCAUGAUAUUUCCAUUUAACUCGGAUCCUUUGCAUAUUUUUGUGCCACUCCUUUUGAGUAAUGUAUGGGUUGGCAUCAUCAUUGAUUCCAUGAUGUUCGGCGAAACAAGUUUGCUGUGUGAAUUAAUAGUGCAUCUGAAUGGUAGUUAUCUGCUGCUCAAAAGGGACUUGGAGUUGGCCAUUGAAAAGAUUUUGGCUGCCAGGGAACGUCCGUUUAUGGCCAAACAGCUGAAAGAACUUAUUAUUAAAACUUUAAGGAAAAAUGUGGCUCUUAAUAAGUUUGGCCAGCAGCUGGAGGCUCAGUAUACGUUGAGGGUUUUUAUAAUGUUCGCUUUUGCUGCUGGUCUCCUAUGUGCUCUGUCUUUCAAGGCUUACACGAAUCCCAUGGCUAACUACAUCUAUGCCAUUUGGUUUGGAGCUAAAACUGUGGAGCUGCUUUCACUAGGAAAGAUUGGUACCGACUUGGCCUAUACUACGGAUUCCCUGAGUUCAAUGUACUACCUAACCCACUGGGAGAAAAUCCUAGAGCACUCUACGGAUCCCAAAGAAAAUCUGCGACUUUUCAAACUUAUUAACUUGGCCAUUGAGAUGAAUAGCAAACCCUUUUAUGUGACGGGACUUAAAUACUUUCGCGUUAGUCUGCAGACUGGUUUAAAAAUUCUGCAGGCAGCCUUCUCGUACUUCACAUUUCUCACCUCGAUGCAGCGUCGGCAAAUGAGCAAUUAAAUAAUUCACUUUUUUUAAUGCCGCAUUGCUACCUCCUUCUGUGACUCUAGUCCGCUGAUACAAAUGA